GAGGCGUGCGGGGAAGAAAGAAUGUAUCAAAUCAUAACAAUCCAGUCCCCGGACUCCCGGUACCAGAGCCCCAGUACGAUACUGCUCAUAAAUGUACAAGCUAACCACCCCACUGUACUGGCAUUCUACUCAGGUCAGCCCCGAUACAACAAAUAACCGCUCUGUGGUGCUGCUCAUACAGGCGCGGAGGUUUGGCUUACUGACCUUCUCCUUUUGCUGAUGGGGGCUCCUACAGGCUCUGGGUAUUGCAUAAAAAAACUUGGACCUGGCACGGGAUUGACAUGGGAACCCCCUGCGGCGCUUUGCCCGAAUAGCCUUUGGCCAGGGGAAACCCGGAGCCGAAGUGGAGAGUCAGCAGGUACGCUUCUUUUGUCCAUCUUCAGCAAGUGAGGGGAAAGUGAGGAGGAAAAAACACAUACAGCACAUUGCAACAGAGAGACAAAAAAAAGUCCCAUUCUUCAGUACCGUACUGUACAACCGUACCACCCACCACAAUUUGUGAGGCUUUCCAACCUCCAUUCCCUCCCUUCUUCCCGGAAUCAACCACUAUUAUUACGGCAUCCGACUGGCCGGGCAACCAGUAGCAGCAAAGCCUCACAGGCAUAAUGUCGUCCUUUACAGCUGUACCGAUCUUGGAUUUCUCCCUCUCAAAAGAUGAAAGUACCAAACCAGCCUUCUUGGACGAGUUGAGACGAACUUUGCUCGAGGUUGGAUUUCUCUACAUCGAAAAUACCGGGAUCGAUGAAGACCUCGUGGAAGAGGUCAUCAGGCUCGGAAGAGCUUUCUUUGACUUGCCUGAAAGUGAAAAGAUGAGACUUGAGAUGAAGAAUUGUAAGUGUGAUUAUUUUAUCUUCACAAACUUUUCUCUUCGUCUUGUCUUCCGGUAUUUUGUGAGAGCUCGGAGGAAAUGUGCUGAAUGAUGGUCAUCACGAACGGCUCUUAAACGUGCGGGAAACAUCUCACGUCAUAGAAUGGUAUGCUGACCUGGGGUCUCGGAAAUGCAGCUCCACACUUUUUGGGUUACAGUCGUCUUGGAAACGAAAUGUGCGUUCUCCCGAGCUCACGUGGCGCCAACCCUGAGAAAAAACUCAAAGCCCCCUUCGGGUGAUAGAUUUUAAAAAUAUACGGGUAUCAACUGCUGACCCAGAGGACAUCAUAGUACUGCAAACGCCACAGACUGGCGUGAACAGAUCGAUCUUGCAACUGAGCUUCCUGCCCCUUCCCCCUCCGAGCCUAGGUACCGCAUGCUCCGCGGUCCAAAUCAUUGGCCAAAGGAAGAGCUCUUGCCCGGUUUUCAAAAAACCUUUACGGAAUAUAUGGAUCAAAUGGCUGAACUUUCAACAAAUUUCACCAGCCUCGUUGCCGAGGCUAUUGGAUUGCCAGCCGACUCCUUUGAAAAAUAUUUUGAUGCAUCAGAAGAAAGUGCUUCUGGAAAAAAGAAGCAGGACAAGCUGAAGAUUGUCAAAUACCCUGACUUAGGGGAGCUAGGCGAGCAAGCGAUGGGGGGACAGGGAGGUGAGGAAAUUGGUCCAUCUACGUUUAUGUUUAUUAUCGGCAUACCAGUACAAUGCUCGGGACUAAUUCUCUCUCUAUAGUUGGGCCACACAAAGGUUUGAAAGUGCUCUCCACACAACAUUCAACUAGCAGCAAUAAUGAAGAGAAACAUUAAUGCUGGACCAAAAUAGAUUCAAACCUUAGCUCCUAUCUUCUUCAGGCAACAGAUCACAAAGGUCUUCAGGUUCGGAAUUAUAGAGGAGAUUGGAUAGAUUGCAUUCCUAUUAAGGGAACAUUUGGUAACAUCACCUCCUAGUAUUGCACUGCCAUGAUAUUAAAAGAUUUCAAAGUUGUCGCAAUGGGACGAGGCCUCGAGGCUAUGACCGACGGUGUCUGUAUAUCAACCGCUCAUCGCGUUAUACCCCCGCCUACCGGCUCAGGGCCGAGAUUCUCGAUACCCUUCUUCCAAGGGGUGUCCUAUGAUGCCACCUUUGAAAGUAUGGACGUUCCGGAAGAAGUUAAAGCUUUAAAACAGGAAAUAGUGCGAAAGGAAGGAGGCUGGAAGGAUGAAGCAGAAGUGACAUUUAAGAAAGGUGGUCGUUUCAAACACCUUGGAGAAGCAACUUUGAUGAAUCGAGUCAAGGUCUCACUCAUCCCUUACCCCCCCCCCACAUUCCGAAAGAAAGAAAAAAAUCGCAGGGUUAACAUUUCCGCUUGAGACAGUCGCAUCCGGAUGUGGGGGAAAAAUACUACCCUGACCUCUUAAGGAUAGUCAGGGAACAGGAGAAGGCAGAAGAGGAACAGUCAGUGGAUAAGCCAGAGAGCGGAAACCCACUUAGUGUUCCCACAACCACGGUCACUACUUCUGAGGAGACAACGGAUGAUGCUCCCUCCACUACACAACCCAAAGGACGACGUCGGGCGCCUACAAUUGUAGUAGAGUUGACCCCCAGCAAUCAGCCGAGUUAUGGACAGGACCCAGGUCCCGACGGGAGUAUGGAGAGGAAGGAAGCAUACGAAAUGAGGAAGGCUGAUGCUGCUCCUGACGUUGUUCGGGUCAUUGAGCGAUAGCUUUUCACACAGGUGGAACUGAACACUAGCUUCUCAUCAAACUCAACUUUAUUUUAUCUGGCGUAGUUAAUGCAAUAUCAUGGCCCACUUUGGCGCCUAGCUUUUCCCCGCCCCGAUGCCUAUACCGAGUGCGAUGAUUUCCCCACUCGCAAAUCUCUGUACGGUAGCUCUAAUCACUCGUCUACUAACAUCUAAGAAAGCUACGCUAUCCACCCAACUUCGGGCGGCUAUCGGAAAGAGACCAUUGCCUCGAGCUCCGCCUAUUAAAGUUCAUCAGAGUACCUCCAUAGCCGCCUUCUUUAACUUGUUCCUCAACACUUUCGGGAAAAAAUUGCUCGCUCGCCAUUCUUAGCCACAUAUUCAAUUACCGCUAGCAAGUACAAAGAUCCAUUAAGACGGCCUAACCGGGCGGCUAAUGGGUGGAGGUAUCAAGGGUGCGUCUGGUUUCCACGCCAAACCUUCAUUUUGAGCUCGAUCAUAAAGUUUUGCACCAAAACCCCCUUGCCCUGGGGUGGCAUGUCUGGUUGUCACCAAAACACAGUGUUCAGAUUGCAAUAAUGAGCCCAAAACGAAGGUUUUCAAACAAUAGAAAAAACCUAUUCUUUGCAGAAUCACAAAGAAAAACCUUCAAGUGAUAUCGGGACAUUACAACGCCGCUAUCGCUCUCAGUAAUAGAUACUAAAAGAUAAGAAAUAGGUAUCCAAGCCCAGAUGCCCGUAUUUUCUUAUGAUUUUUUUUUGAGUAACCCUCUUUCAAUCUCUUCCUGUGAUACGAUACCUAGAGUGAUCAGAAUGGAUAGGGCACAUCUCUUACCUCCGACAGAUGCAACUUGUGUCUCGCGACUUUAUCGUAGCAUUCCCUAAACCCGUGGACAGCUAGACGCACCCCAAAAAAUGAAAUCGUGUACUGUACCCUUCAACCUACCGGUAGCAUGAUACGCAAGCAGAACAGCAAUGGACGCCAAGGAGGGCAAAACACCACCCCCAAACCUCCCAGCAAGACGUAACCCGCAAAUGAACAUAUCCCCUGUCUUCAUUCUUCCUGGUCUAUUCCACCCUCGAUCUACCCCACUAAUUGAGCUCUCCAAGCAACAUCAGCGCUUGUUCCGACAACCGCAUACCACUUGCCCGGCAAACACACUAUGUCACCAAACGAUCUACCUCAUCCCCUAGAUGAAGGUGGAUCCCGAGGUGCAAGGAAAAAAACUCAGGAGGACGACACAAUGGUAAGCUACCUUGGUCUUUUCUCUCGAUUAAACUCUUCAGACUGACCAGGAGAAUAGAUCACUGUUUCUCUGACCGAGGCUGAGUGGUGCGAUCUUUUCAUAGAUCUUGGGCAUGGCUUAAAGUCCGCAUUGCCGCAUUUGCCUCGUGACAUCAGGAUAAUUAAAGCUUUUGCACACCUGAGGGGACUAUGCGCCAAUUCAGUUGCAACAGACAGCUUAAACGUUUGCCAUCCCCACCAUUCCUUAUAACCAUAUUCCCUACCUCAAUAUUUCUUUCCGUCCCUUCCCCAUACUAACUACCCUUCUCCCUCCAGAGUUUCCAAGAGAGAUACUACCGGCAAGAGGCCAGUGCUGCGGCUCAGAGGUCGAAACAUAGUCAAUCUAGGCCCCCAGAGGCGAUCGAUACCGCUCUUGAACAUCUACGCAAUCGAGAAGUAUCCGAAGAAUUCUUAGGCGUUGUUAGAGCUACCGAUGGGCUUGACCGCAGUAUUUCGUCUCUUUUGGCUGAAUCCAAUACCGGCCCAAAGCCGCUCAUCAAAACAAACGGAGGCAAGCCGGUAGCUAACCAGCAGGUAAGUUCAUAUACAAAUGUCUAAACCCUUACUGAAUAUGCCAUGUUUUGCAGAUAUUCUGCCAUGACAAGAGCGUUCUUUUUCUCGAUGAGCAUGAGUCUGAUUCAGAGGAAACUAUCAAGUCAAGGGCUAGUGUUUCCGCUAUGAACCCCGCCACAACCAGCAGUCAUGAGAACUCCGAUAGUCUCCAGGCAGAAAACAUUCAAAUGGCAAACAAAAUCGAACACGGAAGGCCAGAGUCUACAUCACCUACUACAAGCACUGUCGCAGUCAUCAACCUGGAAGCCCCCGAUAAGUCUUUAACCUCAAAAACACCAUCUAGAUCUUUGACCUUACCCACCAACCAAGCAGACUCUUCGGUCAACCCAAAGAGUCCUCCAACUUCAUCGCCACCUUACACUAAUAUCGCGAACCAGAUAUCCUCCUUGUCGCCGGGCGAGUCCCCUGGGGCUCUCCGUCUGGAGAGUUUUUCCCCAAUCCUAAACACCAUAAAGGAAAACCACUUGGCAGAGGACCGAUGCAGAGAUUCUCAGGUCUACGGCGGUGCACUCGAAGAGUAUCUUGCACCAUUACCCCGACAUUCCUUAAUAGUUGGAGUUGGUGAUGUUGAGGGGGAUGUUACUACCCCAUCAAAAUUAUCCGCUACCGGUUGGAUUCCAGAAGUGACUCUCUCAAGUCCGCCAGGCCAGGCGGUUGUGUUCACUUCUCCCUCGAGUACCUGUACAACCAGUGCACGCAGCGGUAUUCCCAGAUCCACUGCCACAUUCGGAAAAGACAAGGAACUUCCACUCACUCCUCCGGCGCCGAUCACGGCGAGGAAGCUAAUUUCGAAAACCCUAAAGGGAAAGGAAACAAGCCCUUCUGCCUCAAGAGCCAAGGGAGCAAAAGAGGAGCCCGCACAACCUAAACUUGGUCUAAUGAAGACACACCGCACUCCCUCAGGUGGCGACGGUAAUACUUCAAAUAUAUCCAAACUACUAGCCAAAAAGACAUACCCUGUCCUGAAAAGGGAAGUGGCUUCAAAAGAGAAAACUGCAGACCUUGGACGUUUUACCAGCUUGAGGGAUACAAGUGCUACCCCCCCACCCAGAGUCAUUGAUCGUAGUCUCCUCGCCAAAGACGUAAACAACAGAAAGUUACCCAUUGCAAAGAUGCUUGAAAACGUUAAACCCGAACUUGGUGCAAAAUCCAAAGCUGUGGCACCCCCGGUUCCAACAGACCCCCGCUCUCCAGAUAUUGUGCCAGCCACAAAGCUCUCCACCAAGUCUCUUACACCGCCGCCAGUCCAUCGAGGGAAACAUGCACCAGGAUAUAUCAUGGACAAACGUGGAACAAGAACCAGUAUCUCGUCAAGUCUUCUAUCCUCUCCCAAAAGACGGUUCAAUUCGGCCAUUUCUAUCUACGAGGACACGCCCCUUUUAAGGGAAGAUUCUUCAUCAACACUCUUGAGUGCCGCAUCUAAUAGCAGCGAAAACAUAGCAACCAUGGCAUGGGCGGAACCUGAAGCCCUCACAACAGCGGGAUUCUCUAAAGGAUCCCCGAAGUUGGUUGAAGUUUCCAAAAAUGUGACGGAAUUCGGUAUAUCUCUCGGAACCGACAAUUCCCAACGUGUGAUCCGCUCCCCCAGCAGAAUUUUCUCCGGAAAUUCUAUUAGCACAGUAUUGGAAUGCGAGGAGGAAGAUGCACUACCUCCAUCACCCCCCAACUCCGUGAAUGAAACAACUAAUCCAGCCAGAGGGCGGAAGCCUCUAUCUAGCGGAGAGGAGCAUCUAGACAAAACUAUUGAUAAGUCAUGCGUCCCCGGAGCAGAGAAUACCAAGAACUCAAAUCCUCUCCCGGGGCCGAUUGUUCCCCAAGACAACGGAGAAUUCCAAUCAAAUACGAACCAGCCUCUCGCCCGAGCCAUUGGGAUGCCAUCGCCCAGUGAGCGUGCAAACACGGUUGCGUUCAACACCGACUAUUCUAGCCCUAGUCACGGGAAAGUGCCCUCUAAAACUCUUCAGAGACCGACUAGUACUGGAUCAAACAAGACUACAAAAUCGACAAGCACUGCAUCGACAAGCACUUCCAGAUCCAGCGCAACCGUGAAAGCAACUAGGCCUCGUUAUAGUAGAAAUGACAAAAUAGUCCCCCCAAAAACUAUUCCUACCAAACCGCCGGAGAAUCCCAAGGCUGCGGCCCAAAACGGGAACGUGCCCACAACCAAAAAUUUCCUCCGUCAUGGCUCUAGCAUCAAAAUGGGCCCGCCCUCUACCUUCCGGGCAGCAACCCCCAACAAUACACUCGCAGAGAGCAUCGAUUCGCACCUCUCAGGCCGAGACGCUAAUGGUACACGGGUUUCGCACGAAAACAUUCAAAACUCGGAAGCCAAAAACAAACUGAAGCCAACAACCGAGUACGCCCAUAGCAGAAGCAAUCCCCCGAGUGGUGAAUGGCUGGGGAGUCUAGGUCACUAUAAAGGCGAUACGGCUAAGAGCAUGGGUAAUUCCAGAGCCAUCACAGGGCAGGAGACUCUGGCAUCCACCAACUCCAAACUUGGCGACACCAUCCCGUCUAAGCAUUCAGAGAUUUGUAUGCCUAGAAGGAAUUCUCAAAGCCACCCAACUGAAGGUCCUCUAAAGAGAAAUGAUGAGAAUCAGGCCCUCCCCCAAACCCCACCCACAGAAAAUCCUCCCCGAAAAAUGUUGACUCCAACCAAAGUUCAGGCACUCACGGAUCUAAGUUCGAUUGGUUCAAAGAGGAAUCCUAGGACCCUACCCUCCCCUGGGCGCAGCUGGUUCGGACGCCGCUCUCUCGUUUCAGUGCCCACUUUGGCUAUAUCUGGAAAAGAAAACUAUGACCCUUCCAACGCACAGCAAGGUACUACUCCGGUCAAGAAAGAGAAAGUCAAAUCCAGAUCUCUCGGGAACCUCGCCGGAUGGCUUCACAGACCCCCCAAGACGUCCCCCGAUGGGCUAUUUUCUCGUGGAGCCAAAAAGGAUAAGGAUAAAUUGGCAACUGCAACCUCUAGUCUCAUCGUCCGCUCAGUCCCCGCGACACUUACUCUACAGCCACCCGGCCGCCACGAGCAAAGAGCCGAGUUCUCGCACAACGAUGUCGAGAACCUUAUCAAGCGCCUUUCCACUCAGCUUCCAGGUACUCCAGAUGGCUCAUGCGGAUUCAACGCACUUGGAGGCAAAUACUACACCUCGGGCUAUAUUCCCAACCUCGAUGAGAGCCCAUCCAAGGAGUCCAAUCCCAUCGCCGUUUGCAUGGAUCUGAUCAACUCUGCUAGUGAAGAAGCUCAGAGCCCGAGAAGGGAACGCUUGCUUCAAAUGAGCAGCAUUAUGGUUGAUGCUGUAAGCAAGAGCAGAGACGCGGAAUGUGCAGCGGAAGAAGCCAAGAUAGCAGCGGCCAAGGCUGAAUACGCAUUCCUGGAGACUAGGAAAUGCCUCCAGUCAAUGACGGAGCUCUUGAAAAAGAGGGGAAAGGACGUGCUCUGCGAAAUUCUGUUUUAA